AUGCUGCCAGAGUGAUUCUGCUGCACCGACUCUCUCUCUCUCUCUCUGAUGCUGAGACAUUCUUUACAUGCGUAAUUAAGUUGUGAGUUCUUUUUCCGCGAUUGUUGUGCGGCGGAAAAAGAACUCACAAUCGCGGAAAUAGCAGGCCAUGGAGGAUGUUAGAUUCUGUAACACUUCCCACCCCUUCAAACCUACUUCCCCAACUCAUGACUUGACCUAUAGCUCAUGAUGGUUUGGCGGAUUCGUUCUGUGCAUUAUGAUUGAGGCUGUGGGCAACGGAUUCGUUGGCAGCUUCAUAUGCGUUGCAGUACAGGAUAUCUGUUUAAUGCAAGUGAAGUUGGUGGCACGAGCUGGAAAAUCGAAACUGGUAGUGGAAGGAGAAGCUAGCGCGCGUGACAGCCUUGAAAUCAAAGAAAAAUCAACCGAGGGUAGACGAUAAAAAAAAGUUAGGGAUGCCUGAAGCUGCGGCUGCCCCGUCGAACGGGGUAACUAAACCAGAAGCUGGGGUCAGAGAUGCAAUUACGAACGAUGGCCCAGAUCAUGGUGGGCCUCAUCACCAUGAGCGCCAUCACAAGCACCACGAUCGGACGCCCGUGGCUGGAACGCGUGGAGUUGGUGGAAUUGGAGCUUUGGCCGGGGGGAAGCUGGGAGGACAUGAUGGAUCAGGACAUGGAGCUCAGAGGGGACAAUACAUUGAGGGUCACGAGAUGGAGGCUGACACCAUGAAAGAAAUUGUGGAAGGUAAAAGACUCCUGCAUGGAACUUUGGAAGUGGAGAUCAGAUCAGCUGAAAACCUCCCCAACAUGGACAUGUUCUCGGAAAAAUUUAGGCAAUGCUUCUCUUACCUGACGAUUUGCAAGGCUCCUUUUGUAAAGACAAAAUCCAAGAUUAAUGAGAAAGGUCAUGGCCAUCGCCCCAAAGGUAUCACUAGCGAUCCUUACGCUGCGGUCAACCUCGCUGGUGCACGUGUUGCCAGGACGCGGGUCAUCUCAAACAGCACGAAUCCGCAAUGGAAUGAGCAUUUCUCCAUUCCUGUUGCACAUUAUGUGAGCGAGGUCGAGAUUACCGUCAAAGAUAAUGACGUGCUGGGGGCACAACUUAUUGGAGACGUGAAAAUCCCUGUGGGUGAUAUUAUGGAUGGCAAGGUUGUUGAGGGUUGGCAUGAUGUGAUAGCCCCCUCAGGGAAGAUAGCGCAUGGGAACGCCAGGAUAUAUUUCACGAUGAAAUUUACUCCUGUUGAGAUGAACCCCAUUUACAUGGCCGCAGUUGGAGGGCCGGAAAAACUUCAUGCAGUCCCUAAUACAUACUUUCCUUGUCGCAAAGGGUGUGAAAUCACCAUGUACCAAGACGCCCACAUAAUGGACGGCUCUUUACCUCAAAUCACGCUGGCGGACGGAGUACCAUAUCAGCACAGGCAAGCUUGGGAGGAGAUGUGCACGGCCAUACUGGAUGCUCAUCAUCUGAUAUAUAUUGCGGGAUGGUCUAUCUACACAAAGAUCAAGUUGCUGCGUGACACUACCCGAGAUUUACCGGACGGUGGGGAUUAUUGUCUUGGAGAUCUUCUGAAAAGAAAGUCGGCAGAGGGAGUUCGUGUGCUCAUGCUAGUUUGGGACGACAAAACAUCUCAUCAAAAUCCUUUUAUCAAAACGGUAGGAGUCAUGGGAGUUCACGAUGAGGAGACAAAGAGUUUUUUCAGGAAUAGCGCCGUUCGCUGCGUUCUGUCUCCACGCUACGCCGAUAGUAAACUUAGCUGGUUCAGGCAACAGGUUGUGGGAACUCUGUAUACCCAUCAUCAAAAGACUGUAAUCGUUGAUUCUCAAGGUCCAGGGAACAAGCGGAAAUUGACGUCUUUCCUUGGUGGUUUGGAUCUUUGUGAUGGGCGUUGGGACACUCCAACUCACUCUCUAUUCAAUACCUUGAGCACUUUUCACAAGGAUGACUUUCACAAUCCGACCUUUGCUGUUGGGGCAGAAGGGGGAGGCCCACGGCAACCUUGGCAUGAUUGGCAUUGCAAGAUUGAUGGUCCUGCCGCAUAUGACGUUCUUACCAAUUUUGAGCAAAGAUGGAGGAAGGCUGCUCGCUGGCAUGAAGAUGAACUUAUCCAGAUUGAACGAAUCUCAUGGAUUUUGGGUCCCAAGCCGCCUUUUCCUGCUGAAGGCGACCCUAAGUUGUAUGUCACGAAGGACGAUGAUCCUAGUACUUGGCGUUGCCAGGUAUUUCGCUCGAUCGACUCUGGGUCAGUUAAAGGCUUUCCGAGGAAUGUUGAACAAGCUGAGAAGCAGCAUCUUUCAUGGGGAAAAAGUAUUGCUAUAGAUAUCAGCAUACAGAUGGCUUAUAUCAAAGCUAUUCGGUCAGCUCAACAUUUCAUCCACAUCGAGAACCAGUAUUUUAUUGGCUCCUCUUACAACUGGCCUGAUUACAAGGAUGCAGGUGCGAAUCAUCUGAUCCCAAUGGAAUUAGCACUGAAGGUGGCAUCCAAGAUUAGGGAACACAAACGUUUUGCCGUGUAUGUGGUCAUUCCUAUGUGGCCGGAAGGUGUUCCUGAUAGCGGUGCUAUGCAAGAGAUUCUCUUCUUUCAGGCACAAACGAUAAAAAUGAUGUAUGGUGUUAUUGCUGAUGCGUUGAGGGACGUUGGUAAGCUUGGUGAACUACAUCCGCGAGACUAUCUGAACUUCUAUUGUCUCGGGAACCGCGAGACGAAGAGUGAAGUGGAAGCGAAAGCGGAUCCUCCCGCUAAAGCACCCGCUCCAGAAACGAAGCAUGGCCAAGCCCAGAAACAUAGGCGGUUCAUGAUUUACGUUCAUGCAAAAGGUAUGGUUGUUGAUGACGAGUAUAUUAUUUGUGGGUCGGCCAACAUCAAUCAGCGCUCCAUGGACGGAUCUCGCGACACGGAGAUUGCUAUGGGAGCCUUCCAACCCCGGUACACUUGGGCUCAUAAUGGAGGACAUCCAAUGGGACAGGUCUAUGGAUACCGAAUGUCUCUGUGGUCUGAGCAUUUGGGUCAUGUCGAAUCCCUUUUCACGGAAGCCGGAAGUCUCGAGUGUGUAAGAACAGUAAACAAGAUUGCGGAUGAGAAUUGGAAACAGUAUGCUGCGGAAGAAGUCACUGACAUGAAGGGCCACUUGCUGCCUUAUCCUAUUCAAGUUAACCAGGAUGGUACCAUUGGAUCUAUACCCGGCUUCGACACGUUUCCAGAUGUGGGUGGCAACAUAUUGGGAAAUAAUCAAAUAAAUUUACCCGACUCGUUAACGACCUGAUUGCAGAGGAAGGUUCUUGAGAAUGGUUCCUCAUUUUAUUCUCAUUAGAUCCUUCUGAAUUGCAUAAAGAAAGCCUUGAGAGGCUCGAUGUGAUCGAGCUGCUCUGCUGCCUCUCUGUUCAUCAAGGCUUGAACUUUCCAGUUCCUGCACUGCAUAGGUUAUUCUGUAAUUUUUAGAAUGGUCGCCUCUGGUUCAUGUAGUUUGCUAUCACCCGUUCAGAAACGCUUUUGAGAGAGAUCAUGGGCUUUGCGACUCUAGUUUGGGCACAGAGAGAGUGAACUUUGUCAGUAGCUGCAGCUGAAUUGGUUCCACUUGGUGACGUUACAGGAGGAUCAAUCUCACACUUAGUCACUAGCUGAUUUAAAGUUGAUGUUUUGUCAUCAGGUGCCGAAUGUGUUCAUACAGAAGCUGAGCAUGCUUACAAUUUGUGAGGAUGCACAAUGGUAGCGAAGAUUAGGCCUUCCUGUCAAAAUAAUUGAUAAGUAGAUAUUGAAAUUCAUUGAGUACAUACCUUGUGAGCAGGUAGGGUAGAACUCGCCUGCAAGUCAUUUUGGAACAUGUGUUUUCAGGAAAGACAGAUUUUCUUAAAUAAAAUCUAAUGUAGAAUUGUGUAAUACAUGAAGAUUCCUGUUUUCGAAACGUA